UCCAGAAUUUGUUGGCUUCCAUCCCUGGUCUGUUUAUUUGGUUUUUCACAAAUUUCAAAAAUGUCCCAGCAAAUUCGCGUGGUACAAUGCAUUCAAUGCAAAAUGUACCAGGUGGACUUCGUGAAAAAAGCAAAAACAUGGCAGUGUAAAAUUUGCCGGCAAAAGCAAAAUGUCCUUAAAGAAUUUUUUCGAGGAUCGGCAGCAGAAUGCCGGGUAAGGGUGCAGCAUCUCAACUUGGAGCGCGGAAUGCAGGAGGAUAGGCAGAACAGCUUAUUCAUCACGGCAAAACGGCAGCUCGAAGCGGAGGAAGACUGUCUGGAAAGCGAAGAAAACACUACACCUCAGAAAAAAACAAAUAAAUGGGCAAACUAUGUAGAUAAACCACUUGAAACCACUCAAAAGUCUGCAGCGGAACCUAGGAUAACCGAAGAACUUUCCGACGAAAUUUCGAUGGACUUUAAGAGAAGCAGAAGCACAGGACCACGGUCCUUCAAACGUUCUGCUGAAAACAUGUCGUCAGUUAAUAAGAAAAUUUGCACUAAAUGGAACGAUUUUUUGUAAUUAUUAAAAAAUAUUUACCUCAUGAAACGAAAUACAAAUUUGACACCGUUUAAAUGUCAUUAGAUGCUGACAUUCAUUCAAA